AUGGCGCCCGGUGAUGAGGCUCCUAAGAACGAGGGCACUCCCACGGAGCAGGCCAACCCCACCCCUGCGGCCGAGGCUGCUGCCCCGAGCGAACCCAGUGCCGCAGGCGACGGCGCCGACAAGAACUUGCAGCAGCAACAGCAGCAGCAGCAGCGCCGCGACGCCAGACAGGAUGGCAAGAAGCGCGGAGACUUGGGGCGAAACGAACGAAAGCGCCAGCAAAAGGCCGACGGCAAGGCCAAGAAGCAGGACGACUGGCGCGAGUUUAAGCGGCGAAAGGUGAAUUCCAAGGGCGAGUCGGUCGAGGGCGACAGCACCAAGAACCCCUUCUCCCGCGAGGAGAUUGCCGCCGAGGAGCGCCGUCCCAAGCGCAAGGUGGCCGUCAUGAUCGGCUACGCGGGCACCGGCUACCGGGGCAUGCAGGUCAACGGCGACGAGCCGACCAUUGAGCGGGACCUGUUCCAGGCCUUUGUUGACGCCGGCGCCAUCUCAAAGGCCAACGCAGACGACCCCCGCAAGUCGAGCCUCGCCCGCUGCGCCCGCACCGACAAGGGCGUGCACGCCGCCGGCAACGUCAUCAGCCUCAAGCUCAUCAUCGAGGACGACGACGUCGUCGACAAGAUCAACGCCCGCCUGCCCGAGCAGAUCCGCGUCUGGGGCAUCCAGCGCACAAACAACAGCUUCAACUGCUACCAGUACUGCGACUCGCGCUGGUACGAGUAUCUCAUGCCCAGCUACUGCCUGCUCCCGCCCCACCCGCAGUCGUACCUGGGCAAGAAGCUGGUCGAGCUGGCCAAGGAGCACGGGGCCGAGGACGAGCUGAAGGAGUGCGCGGCCGACGUCGGCGACUUUUGGACCGGCGUCGAGGAGAAGGAGGUCAAGCCCAUCCUGGCGGCGCUGGAUCCCGACGUCAGGGCCGCCGUUCUCGAGCGCGUCCACGUCUCCGAUCUCGAGGAGGGCGGGGCCGAGGGCGCGGAAAAGGGCCCCCCCGGCGACGCGACUGAAAAGGCGCAGGCCGGCACGGAACAAGGGGCCAAGGCGACGCUCAAGACGGUCAAGCCCAAGAGCCGGGAGCUCGGCCCCAUCGACUUUGCCCUGCGCGACAUCAAGGCGGCCUACAUCUCGGCCAAGCGGCGGUAUCGCAUCGGUCCCUCGCGGCUGCAGAGGCUGCAGGCGGCGCUGGACCGGUACGUCGGCAGCAACAACUUCCAUAACUACACGGUGCAAAAGGCGUUUGGCGACGCAUCAGCCAAGCGGCACAUCAAGUCGUUUGUCGUGGACCCGACCCCCGUGCUCAUCGGCGGCACCGAGUGGCUCUCGCUCAAGGUGCACGGGCAGAGCUUCAUGAUGCACCAGAUCCGCAAGAUGGUGGGCAUGGCCAGCCUGAUAGUGCGGUGCGGGACGCCGCUCGAGCGCGUCAACGAGAGCUACGCCGCGCGCAAGAUUGCCAUCCCAAAGGCGCCCGGGCUGGGGCUGCUGCUGGAGCGGCCCGUGUUUGAGAGUUACAACCGCCGCGCCCGCGACUCGCUCGGCCGGCCGGUGAUUGACUUUGACAACUACGACGACAAGCUGCGGGCUUUCAAGGACAAGCACGUGUACGCGCGCAUUUUCGACGUUGAGGAAAAGGAGAACACGUUCCACGCAUUCUUCAACCAGAUCGACCAGUUCAAGUCGAACCACUUCCUGUGGCUCACGGCCGGUGGGCUGGGCGUGGCCGAGAUAUUAAAGGGCGCGGGCGGCAAGAUGCAAGAGGACGUGGAUAAGCAGCUCGGCGACGAGGACGAGGAUCCCGAGGGCGGCGAGGGGUAG